AUGAGGCAUCCACUGGUUCACCCUCUGAAACAAAUGAACAUUUUUAUCAUAGAAAGCUUCAUGAUCCUGUUUGUGAGCUGUGUAACUGUAAGAGUGAACCUUUGUUCUCCAAAUAUGCCUUCAUUAAACACACUUCCAGUUGAUGGUCAUUUCAACUUUCACGAAGUUCAGCAUGCAGCCCGAGAUUUUGGCAAUAGGUACCAGUUCCUCCCUAUGGCAGUAUUACAUCCAAAAAGUGUCUCGGACAUAGCCACUUUAAUCAAGCAUAUUUGGGAUAUUGGUCCUCGUUCAGAGCUCACAGUUGCUGCUAGAGGCCAUGGUCACUCACUCCAUGGCCAGUCACAAGCCCACAGAGGAGUCGUCGUCAAUAUGGAAUCACUUAAGCGGCCCGACAUCCAUGUUUACACAGGAAAUUUUCCAUACGCAGAUGUCUCUGGUGGUGAGUUGUGGAUAAAUAUCCUGCAUGAAAGCUUGAGAUAUGGGUUAGCACCAAAAUCAUGGACAGACUACCUACAUCUAACUGUUGGAGGUACCCUGUCUAAUGCUGGGAUCAGUGGGCAGGCAUUCCGACAUGGCCCCCAGAUCAGCAAUGUCCGCCAGCUGGAAGUUGUUACAGGAAAAGGGGAGAUUGUAACAUGUUCAGAGAAGCAGAACGAUGACCUAUUUCACGGUGUUCUUGGAGGACUCGGUCAGUUUGGCAUUAUAACUCGCGCAAGAAUAUUGUUGGAAGCAGCACCUGCAAGGGUAAAAUGGAUUAGAGUGCUGUAUUCAGAUUUCACAGCAUUUACCAGAGAUCAGGAGUAUCUAAUAUCUGGUGAAAAUACAUUUAAUUACGUUGAAGGAUUUGUGAUAAUAAACAGGACUCGUUUGCUAAACAACUGGAGAUCAUCUUUCAGUCCAAAAGACCCAGUUCAGGCUAGCCAGUUCAAGUCAGAUGGAAGAACUCUAUACUGCCUAGAAUUGGCCAAAUACUUCAACCUGGACAAGACUGACAUAAUAAAUCAGGAAGUUGACAAGUUACUGUCAAAAUUGAGCUAUAUCCCUUCCACACUAUUUGUGUCAGAAGUUACAUACACAGAUUUCUUGGACAGAGUACAUGUAUCUGAGAUGAAACUACGCUCAAAAGAUCUGUGGGACAUUCCACACCCAUGGCUCAAUCUUCUUAUACCAAAAAGCAAAAUUCAUACUUUUGCUCAAGGAGUGUUUGGCAAUAUCCUUGCAGAAACAAGCAACGGCCCUAUCCUCAUCUAUCCAGUUAACAGAUCAAAGUGGGACAACAGAACUUCCGUGGUUAUACCGGAGGAACAUACUUUUUACUUGGUGGCAUUCCUUACCUCUGCAGUUCCCUCUUCGACUGGAACUGAUGGUUUAGAACACAUCUUAAUUCGGAACAAAAGAAUUCUAGAAUUCUGUGAAACAGCCAAUCUUGGGGUCAAGCAGUAUCUACCGCAUUACACCAAACAAGAAGAAUGGCAGGCCCACUUUGGCCCACACUGGGAAAAAUUUGUGCAAAGAAAAUCUACUUAUGACCCCUUGGCAAUACUUGCUCCAGGACAAAGAAUAUUUCAAAAGGCAAUAUCCUUCUCAUAACAGUCGCCAUCUAUUAUUAAAUAAGAGGCCCUUAAGGCAUGUGGGAAAAUGUGUUAACC